UUGGCGGCGGCCAAUGGGAGGCCACGAAGGCGCUUGACGUCCGCGAGCCGGCGGGCGGCGUUGCCUGGAGACCCCGGCGGGGUCAGCGUUCUGUCCCCUCCUCCGGCACGCCCGCCUAGCCGCUGCCGCGCUCCCGGGCUCUAUAUAGGGCGCGCGCUCGCGGGCCGCGGAGUUCCAGCAGUCCGCGAGCUGUCGUCGGCUCCGCGCGGGGGGGGGGCGGGCUGGGCACCCCGGGGCGCGGAGGAGCGCUGUUUGCUUCUCCUUUCCCCCCACUCCGCACUCCCGGGCACCCUCAAGCCAGUCCACGCUGCUUCCCUCUCUCUAGUCUCGUCCCCCGGCAAACUUUCGGUUCCUCCCCCGCCCCUCACCCGUUAUUCGUCGUGGCUCGAGCCCGGCCGCGCCGCCCCGAGGGCUCCUCCGGACCUCCCUGCCUGCAGCGCCGACCAUUACAGGAUCCAGAAACAUGUCGACUACACUUCUGUCCGCCUUCUACGAUAUCGACUUCUUGUGCAAGACGGAGAAAUCCCUGGCCAACCUCAAUCUGAACAUGCUGGACAAGAAGGCGGUGGGGACGCCGGUGGCCGCCGCCCCUAGCUCGGGCUUCACACCGGGCUUUCUCCGACGGCACUCGGCCAGCAACCUGCACGCACUCGCCCACACCGCGCCUAGCCCCGGCAGCUGUUCGCCCAAGUUCCCGGGCGCGGCUAACGGCAGCAGCUGCGGCAGCGGGGCGGCGGGCGGCCCGGCCUCCUACGGCACUCUCAAGGAGCAGUCAGGGGGCGGCGGCACGGCCCUGCUGAACAAGGAGAACAAAUUCCGGGACCGCUCAUUCAGCGAGAACGGAGAGCGCAGCCAGCACCUCUUGCACCUGCAGCAGCAGCAGCAGCAGCAGAAGGGGGGCGGCGGCGGCUCCCAGAUCAACUCCACGCGCUACAAAACUGAGCUGUGCCGGCCCUUCGAGGAGAGCGGCACGUGCAAGUACGGCGAGAAGUGCCAGUUCGCUCACGGCUUCCACGAGCUGCGCAGCCUGACCCGGCACCCGAAGUACAAGACGGAGCUGUGCCGUACCUUCCACACCAUCGGCUUCUGCCCCUACGGCCCGCGCUGCCACUUCAUCCACAACGCCGACGAGCGGCGGCCGGCGCCGUCGGGGGGCGCCUCCGGGGACCUGCGCGCCUUCAGCGCGCGUGACGCGCUGCACCUGGGCUUCCCCCGGGAGCCGCGGCCCAAGCUGCAUCACAGCCUCAGUUUCUCGGGCUUCCCGUCUGGCCACCACCAGCCCCCCGGGGGCCUCGAGUCGCCACUGCUGCUCGACAGCCCCACGUCGCGCACGCCGCCGCCACCGCCCUCUUGUUCCUCGGCCUCCUCCUGCUCCUCGUCCGCUUCGUCCUGCUCCUCGGCCUCAGCGGCCUCCACGCCAUCAGGCGCCCCGACGUGCUGUGCCUCGGCGGCAGCUGCGGCCGCGGCAGCGCUUCUGUACGGCACCGGGGGCGCCGAGGACCUGCUGGCGCCGGGCGCCCAGUGCGCGGCCUGCUCGUCGGCCUCGUGCGCCAACAACGCCUUUGCAUUCGGCCCAGAGCUGAGCAGCCUCAUCGCGCCCCUCGCCAUCCAGACGCACAACUUUGCCGCGGUAGCCGCGGCGUACUAUCGCAGCCAGCAGCAGCAGCAGCAACAGCAGGGCCUGGUGCCCCCCGCGCAGCCUCCGGCGCCGCCCAGCGCGCCCCUCCCUGCCAGUUCUGCCGCGCCGCCCUCACCGCCCUUCAGCUUCCAGCUGCCGCGCCGCCUGUCCGAGUCUCCCGUGUUCGACGCGCCCCCUAGCCCCCCGGACUCGCUGUCUGACCGCGACAGCUACUUGAGCGGCUCCCUGAGCUCCGGCAGCCUCAGCGGCUCCGAAUCCCCCAGCCUCGACCCCGGCCGCCGCCUGCCUAUCUUCAGCCGCCUGUCCAUCUCCGACGACUGAGGCAAGAGGGCGCCAGCGAGGAGGAGGAAGGGAAGGCUGUUCUGGGGAUGUUGGAGGGCGCCCCUGCCGUCUCGACCCCCGUUAAGGGCGGGGUGGGGGAGGCACGGGAGUGGGGUUGGUGAUAGGCCCUGAGCAGACUGCGGGCCGCACCGAGCACUUGGACUCGAACUUGUGUGCCGGGAGGGGCCUCCACCCCUCCCCUUUCGGUUUCCUCUUUUUUUUUUUUUUUUUUUUUUAAUUUUUAUUAUUACGAAGUUUCGUUCUUGUUGAGCAAAAAAGCCAACGAACUUUUGUAUUGAUGAACAAAAUAUUCACAACAGGGCAGUUGUGAUGCGAACAGAACAAAGAACCAAACACUUAAACUUUUAGGUCUCCUAUGAGUUUGGGACUUUAGGAAAAAAAAAAAUCAACCCAGCACCAGCAGCUACCAACCACCAUUCCAUAUCUUCACUUGAAAGCAUUAGUUACAGUCCAGAUGUGGGAACUCUUAUCUUGAGAGAAGUUCCUAAUUGUCGUUUGUCUCAGACCAGUGUAAACAAACCAGCCAGCCACCACCUUGCUAAACUUAUAAGCUUCUGGAAUCCAGUAUUCUACCAAGAAUAUGCCUUGAUUGUAGUCUUCAGUGUGACAGGUUUUUGUUUGACACAACGUUCUAUACGUCUGGGGAAAAAAAAAAAAAAAACCUUGCAUUCCAAAGUUUCAUACCGGUUACUGGUUUUGUUGCCACCACUUAGUGGAUGUUUAAUUUUAGAACCAUUUUGUCUGCUCUUUCUGGAAGCCUUGGGCAGAGCUUAGUUUGUAAUCGUUGGGGGAAUAACUGCUGAAUUUUUAGCUGUUUUGAGUUGAUUCGCACCACUGCACCACAACUCAAUAUGAAAAAACUAUUUAACUUAUUUAUUAUCUUGUGAAAAGUAUACAUUGAAAAUUUUGUUCAUACUGUAUUUAUCAAGUAUGAUGAAAAGCAAUAGAUAUAUAUUCUUUUAUUAUGUUAAAUUAUGAUUGCCAUUAUUAAUCGGCAAAAUGUGGAGUGUAUGUUCUUUUCACAGUAAUAUAUGCCUUUUGUAACUUCACUUGGUUAUUUUAUUGUAAAUGAGUAAAAAAAAUCUUAAUUUAAGAGAUUGUAUGUAAUAUUUAUUUCAUUAAUUUCUUUCCUUGUUUACGUAAAUUUUGAAAGAUUGCAUGAUUUCUUCACAGAAAUCUAUCCUGAUGCUGUGGAAGUAGUUUGAGGAAUAUCUUAUGAGUUUUCUUAGAAUGUAUAAUGGUUGUAGCCCAUCCAACUUUAAAGAAAAAAAAAGGUGACCACAUACUUUGCAAUCAGGUUUAAAUGUGGCAUGCUUUUCUCAUUCCAGCUUUUGACAUGAGCAAAAAAAACCCA